ACGAAAGGAGCACUGGCUGGCGCAGCCUCCCGCGCUAUUUGAAUUCAGAAUUCGAAUUUCGAUUUAAAAAAUCGAGUUCGAUUUUAAAUUGAAAAUUUAGCCGCGAGAAUUACCUAAAUUUGAACAUUCUAUGUCAAAUUUUACUUGUGUUUUUAUUUUUUAAUUUCGGUUUUGUGCUUGUGUUAAUAAUUUUAUAGAUAGUGCUGUUGUGGUUAUUCCGGUGUUGAAAGAGGACUUCUUUUCUUCUGAAAUAUGAACGGAGCAAACUCAACAUUCGACAUGUCUAUCGUAGACUCCUACAAGCGGUUCAUGGAGCGCAAUAGCGAUCCAAGGACCGAAAACUGGUGGUUAAUGUCCGGCCCUGGGCCCCUCCUCACGAUCCUGGCUACGUACCUGUACUUCUGCAACUCAGUGGGCCCCCGGUACAUGAGAGAUAGGAAGCCGUACGAUCUUAAAAACGUCAUUGCUGUGUACAAUAUAUCGCAAAUUCUUAUGAGUAUCUUCCUGGUUUACGAGGGAUUAGCAUCAGGAUGGUGGAACGACUACAGUUUCUCCUGUCAACCAGUGGACUAUUCGGACAAUCCCAAAGCGCGUAGGAUGGCUGCAGCUGUAUGGUGGUACUUCUCGGCCAAGAUAAUUGAACUUCUCGACACAGUAUUCUUCGUUUUGAGGAAGAAGAACAGGCAGAUCUCCUUCUUGCACCUGUACCACCACUUCAUGAUGCCUAUCUGCGCUUGGAUCGGAGUCAAGUUCUUGCCAGGUGGCCACGGAACCUUGCUGGGCGUGAUCAACUCCUUUAUCCACAUCAUCAUGUACACUUACUACUUCAUCUCUGGCCUCGGACCCCACUACCAAAAGUUCCUAUGGUGGAAGCAACACGUGACCACUCUUCAACUGAUCCAGUUCUGCAUCAUCUUCUACCACAACUUUUCCGUUAUGUUCAGUGAAUGCAACUACCCGAAAGGCAUCAACUUCCUUCUUGCCCUCAACGCUGGUCUCUUCAUCUACAUGUUUGGCAACUUCUACUAUCAUAACUACAUUAAGAACAGGCCAAGAAAACAAACAGAAAUUAAUACAGAACAGACAGUCACUGCCAACGGCAAAGCGAAAGAAUGCUAGUAAUGUUGUCUACCUUAGUUUAUAUUCUAGAAUAGUGUGGCAAGUUCUGCAGAGUACAUUAAAUAUAGUCGAAUGAAGUAGACCCGUCUGAAGAAAAUAAUAAUACGCGAAAGAAUGCACGGAUCAUAGCAAGUGGUAAGAUAUAGUCUUUGCCUACCUCUCCGGGAAAAAGGCAUGAUUUUAUGUAUGUAUGUAGAAUCUUACAUUCAACGGAGCAAUCCAAACAGUUUUAGUGAUAUCACACGCAAAGUGAUUGUGAACCAUAAAAUGGACAUUACAUUUCAGAACUGGUGUUACUAUAAUACACUUUAUCUAAUUUAUACUAUGGAAUUUCUAUCCAAUAGAUAGAUAUUGAUAGGUUCUUUAGGUAAAAAUUGACAAAUAUUUUAACAUCAAUAACUAAGAAAUAAAAGCAUACUAUUAAAAUCAGAUAGAUGGGUACCUAUUACAGUCCCAACUUCGACUAUAUCCUGUAUUCUUACUGAUAUGUAUAUUUUAUCAGUAAAAAGGGACUAGCCAUUCUCUAAUCUAUGUGAUAAUUAUUAUUAUAGAUACUUAUGUAGAAAAAUAUAUAAGUUUAGCCUUAAGUUAAAAUAAAGAUAAUCGAUAUAAGCGGGAGUAAUUAAAGCAAUGAAUAAUCAACCCCUUUAUUAUUGUUUAAUAUUAUUUGUUACAUGGCUCCUCUCCAGAGAAGUGAGGAUUUAACCGAGAUUAACAUUAGCAGGAAGUUUAAUUAAUUAAACUGUCGGAAAAACUUCAGUGUAGCGCUUUCAGAAAAAUGAUAAUUAUGCUGUCAUACAAUUACAAUGAUAAAAAUAUUUCCAAUUAAUGAUUUUAUAAAAAAAAAAUAAGUUGGAAAAAAUACUUAAAAUUUUUAUGUUACUUGUUUCUUAUCUUUUUAAAGUUUUUGUAAUAGUCCCACCGCCUGUAAGUUACACACUUAAUUACAUGGUGCACAUAAUAUUCAUUUCAUAGGGAAUGAACCUUAAAUAAUGAAUGUUCUAAGAUACUUAUAUUUAUUUAUAUUUAUAGAGAAAAUGUACAUAUAAUGUUAUUUAUCAAUGUGUCCUUGUCUGAUUAUUUUAAUAAAUUUAUUUAAUUUUAACAGACUAGGUUUCGGAACCCAAGUAUUUUGUUUCAUUUAUUUUGAUUUAAAGUCAUUUUCUUCUCAAAUAUAUAAAAUCGAAUUAUUAUCGACAUGAUAUUAUCUAGCAUUUAACAACAUAAACAUUUAUUUUUUAUUUUUGUUGCAAUUAAAAUGUAAUGAGCAAUAUUUUUAUAUGAUUUAGGGGUAGAUUGAUUUCAUUAUAGUGUUAGGAAUCAAUGGUACAAUUAUAUGAAUAACUUGUACCUGCUCAAACUUUAAAUAUUUUAAAAAUUAGCUUGUUUUAUACUUUGGUUGCUUUGAAAAUAUUUGGAUGUUACACAAUAUUUAUUAAAAAUGAGGGAACAAUGGUCAACCAAUAAAAGAUCAUGAUAAGA